AUGGGAGGGGAUGAAAAGAAGGCCAAUCCUGAAAAGGCGACCCUCAGAAAACAUAUUAGGGUCUCUGAAAGUGAAAACACCUCAAGUGAGAGGGUCGGAGUUAAAAAACUCAAAAGGAAGGUCAGAGAAGAUGGAGAGGGACCACUGAAGAAAAAGGUUAAGAGAAGACUUGACCUUCUCAAAUAUGACCGGGAGUCGGCUUCCUCCUCACCGGACACUGGCAAAGAAAACUGCAACACAUCUGUGGAGGAUGUGAGCAAGAGAAGGCGUAAGAGGAAGGCUGCCGCUGAUGGAGAGGGACCCACAUGUAAUAAGACAAUCCUGAUGCCAGAAGAAGUAAAAGAUGAAGCCAGAGAGCUAAAAACAGAAGAUCUGUUGGUAGAUGCCCAAACAGCAUAUGAGGCCAAAUAUCAGCAAGAGCACCAGCUGGGUGAAGGAGGCUGUGGAUCAGUGUUUGCUGGCUACCGGAAAGAAGAUAAUUUACCAGUGGCCGUCAAACACAUCCCAAAGGACAAGGUCUUUUGUAAACAUGUGGAUAAGAAUGGAAAGGAGAUAUCGGUGGAGGUCGCCAUAAUGUUAAAACUGGCAGCCGGAUCAAGUGGGUCAGUGGGGACGUCAGCACCUGUGUCCCUACUAGACUGGUAUGAUCUGGGCCAGGAGCUAAUCCUAGUACUGGAGAGACCAGUUCCCUCCAAUGACCUCACCGAAUAUAUUGAGUUAAAUGGCGGCUCUCUCCAAGAAGAAGAGGCCAGGAUAAUCCUUAAGCAGCUCGUUGAUGCAGCACUCGAUCUUGAGGGUCAGCACAUCUUCCACCGGGACAUCAAGUCUGAAAACAUCCUCAUCGAGACCGGCUCGGAUGUCCCACGUGUGCGCAUCAUUGACUUUGGACUGAGCUGCUUCGUUAAGAAAAGGUCUUCUUAUCACAUCUUUUAUGGCACCUCUUCCUACACCCCUCCAGAGUGGCACAGACGCUUUACCUACAGGGCCGGCCCCACCACGGUGUGGCAGCUCGGAGCUGUGCUGUAUGAGACGCUUCAUCGGUGUACUGCUUUUGAGACCACAAAGUUUCUUGAAAAGCAGCAGACAAUCAGCAAUAAGCUGUCUGAGCAUUGCCAAGAUUUCUUGCAAAUGUGUUUGAAGGAAGACCCCAAGCAGCGUCUUACCCUGGAGGAGCUACAGCUUCACCCAUGGCUCAGAUAACCCCAAAAUAUUAA